AUGGCAAUCAAGCGCUACCUCAUGAAGGAGCAUCAAGAAGCAAUUGUGGUUGAGAGCACUCCUACAAAAUUAAGCAUGAAAUGUUGUGCACACGUCAAAGGUUGCCCGUGGAGGGUCAGGGUAAUUAAACCAACGUAUGGUGAAAAUUGGAAGGUAACGAAAUGGGGUGGGAAGCACAAUUGCUUGAAUGACCAUCUUUCUCAAGAUCAUCGACAACUUGAUUCUGACGUUAUUGCAGCACUUGUAGUAGAGAUGAUAAAAAAGGAACCUUCAGUGGCCAUUUCGCUCGUUCAGGAGAGGAUAACUCAUUCAUAUGGAUUCAAAGUUUCAUAUCGAAAGGCAUGGUAUGCGAAGCAGAAAGCAAUGGCAAUGUUAUAUGGUGAUUGGGAGGAAUCACAAUGUUGUGAGACAUUUAAAUUUUGCAAACCAAUGAUACAAAUUGAUGGCACUCAUCUAUACGGAAAAUAUAAGGGAAAGUUAUUGAUUGCCACAGCUCAAGAUGGUAAUAAUGAAUGUGUGCCACUUGCAUUUGCCGUUGUUGAGGGUGAGACAUUGGAGGCUUGGUCAUACUUCCUUGCCAAUCUUUGUCAGCACGUCACACAAGCGCAGAAUAUAUGUCUAAUUUCAGACCGGUAUGUUAGCAUAUUAUCGGCCGUUGAAAAUAAUCCCCUAUGGCAGCCACCCCAUGCAUUUCAUGUGUUUUGCCUGCGACAUGUUGCAAGCAAUUUUAAUCAACGAUUUAGAAAUGACAAAUUGAAGGCUAGCCUGAUGAAUAUAGGAUAUACUCCUUGCAUGGUGGAUUUUGAGAGGUCGCUAGCACGAUUUCGAGACACAAGCAGGCAGGUAGCAGAAUGGAUUAAUGCCAUCCCUAAGGAAAAGUGGUCGCGUGCACAUGACCUUGAUGGACGAAGAUUUGGGCAUAUGACAACAAACUUGGCAGAAUCCAUAAACAGAGUGUUAAAGGGAGCAAGAAACAUGCCCAUUACUGGUCUGGUAAAAUUUACAUACAGUAGAUUGGUUCAAUAUUGCGUGGAAAGAGGUCAAUCGGCUUGUAGACAACUUGAAUCUGGUCAUACUUAUUGCAAAAAUGUGAUUGAAUCAUUGACACAUAAUGAAUCCAUGGCAACAAUGCAUACUCUGCGUACAUAUAAUGUUGAUGAAACGAUUUUUGAGGUAGAUGCAGGGUUUGAAAGGACAUAUGAUGUUAACCUUACUGCUCGUACAUGCCAAUGUGGACAAUUUAAAGCAUUUAAAUAUCCUUGUAGUCACGCCGUUGCUGCAGCGUUAUCCAUUCGUCGAAAUUAUCGACAAUAUAUAGAUGAUGUUUUCAAGACGUCAAACUUGGUAAAGGCGUACUCAUUUCCGUGGCAACCAAUCGGCAAUGAGCAAGCAAUUCCACCCAACAAUGCAGGUCCUGUGGUAAUACCAGAUAACAAUAUGUUGCGGGCAAAAGGUCGUCCAAAGUCUACAAGAAUACGGAACGAGAUGGAUGAGGUUGAAACUAUUACAUCACGCAGGUUAUGUGGUCUUUGUAAGCAACACGGGCACAAUCGUAGGUCGUGUCCUAAUCGUGGAAAUAAUGCAUGA